AUGCGUUAUUCAUUCAUAUUGGCCUUUGUCGUAUUUGUAGUAAUUUCUCUAUUGGAAUUGACCAAUUCAUAUCCUCGUUCAUCACUAGCUAGACUUCGUUCUACAUUCGAUGACGAUGAAAUAGAAGAUAUUGUGCAAAAACCGCGAUUUUUUCCUUUUAAUCAAGGUGGAAAUUAUCAACAACAGCAACUACUACCACAACAACUACAAUGUACACCGGCUAUAUGGACAUGUGGCCAUCAUCGUCCACCAUGUUGUCAUGGCUUAACAUGUUAUCAAGGAAACGCUAAGAAAGGAUCUAUCUGUAUCACCAAAGGUUGA